AAGCACAUGCAGGACUUUGUUCCAGCCAGAGUCUGAGAGAAUCAAUCCACAGAAUCAUCGGCUCUCUUAUGGCACACCGUGAAAAUGACCCGGAUGAAUUUGCCAUUGGUGCCUGAGCUAUGCAAGUCAACAGCCCGUGGAGUGAAGGAGAUUAUCCGGAUACAUUGGGGCCGCACCAGCCAAUCCGGAGCUUUUCUGUUAGACAAGAUACGCUCCUCUGUCAAAGAGGAAGAAGGCGUGAAACAAACCAACAAACUAGCACCACUACUACUCUGCUGCGAUUUGCGACAAGCGAAUCGCGGCUAGCAGGAGUUGGAAAGUGGCGGCCCGAGCCAUGGCGACGCCCUGCCGCAUCCGCCGCCUGCUCGUCCUGCUCGCCGCCGUCGCCGUCGCGGCGUCUCACCCGGCACACGAGUUCUGCGCGGCCGCGGGAGGAGGAGGAGGAGGCGCCGGCGGCUGCGGAGGAGGAGGGGACGGCACGAGGAUCCUGAUCAAGGGCGGGACGAUGGUGAACGCGCACCGGGCGGAGGAGGCCGACGUCUACAUCGAGGACGGCGUCGUCGUCGCCGUCCGGCCGAACAUCCUGGUUGGUGACGAUAAUGUCAAAGUGAUCGAUGCAACCGGAAAAUAUGUCAUGCCAGGUGGAAUUGACCCGCACACCCACCUGGAGAUGGAGUUCAUGGGAACUGUAACCAUAGAUGACUUCUAUAGUGGUCAUGCAGCAGCCCUGGCUGGUGGGACGACAAUGCACAUUGACUUUGUCAUUCCAGUGAAUGGAAACUUGACUGCAGGCUUGGAAUCCUACAAACACAAAGCAGAAAAAUCUGCUAUGGAUUAUGGAUUUCACAUGGCCAUUACCAAGUGGAAUGAUGAGGUUUCAAGGGAAAUGGAAGUGAUGGUCAAGGAACAUGGUGGGUGCAUACUCUCUUCUGCAUUCUUGGAUUAUUCUGUUACAUAUUGUUACAUGACGAAGAUCCUCUGUGCCAAAUUUUCAGGGAUCAAUUCUUUCAAGUUCUUCAUGGCAUAUAAAGGUUCAUUGAUGGUGACGGACGACCUCCUCCUUCAAGGCUUACAGAAAUGCAAGUCUCUUGGUGCACUGGCUAUGGUUCAUGCAGAGAACGGGGAUGCUGUUGCUGAGGGACAGCAGCGGAUGAUUGAUCUUGGGAUAACUGGUCCAGAAGGGCAUGCUCUCUCAAGACCUCCAGUUUUGGAAGGCGAAGCAACUUCACGGGCAAUUCGAUUAGCAAAAUUCGUCAAUACACCGUUGUAUGUUGUUCACGUGAUGAGCACUGAUGCAAUGGAGGAGAUUGCCAAGGCUAAAAGAGAAGGCCAGAGAGUCAUUGGUGAACCUGUGGUAUCUGGGCUAGUCCUUGAUGAUUCUUGGCUUUGGGAUCCUGACUUCGCAACUGCUUCAAAGUAUGUGAUGAGUCCUCCAAUCCGGGAAGCAGGGCAUAAUAAAGCGCUUCAAGCUGCUCUUUCAUCAGGGAUAUUACAGCUUGUGGGAACUGAUCAUUGCACCUUCAAUUCCACUCAGAAAGCUUUCGGUUCUGAUGAUUUCAGGAAGAUUCCCAAUGGCGUAAAUGGUAUUGAAGAAAGGAUGCAUAUAAUUUGGGAUAGCAUGGUGGAGACCGGCAAGAUCACAGUCACCGAUUAUGUGAGAGUGACAAGCACAGAAUGUGCCAAGAUCUUCAACAUAUACCCGCGAAAAGGAGCAAUCCUCGAGGGAUCUGAUGCAGACAUCAUCGUCCUGAACCCCAAGAGGAGCUUCGCAAUGGGCACGCGCACACACCAUACGAGGUCCGACACGAACGUGUACGAGGGCAGGAAAGGAAAGGGAAUGGUAGAGGUGACCAUCUCAAGAGGGCGAGUGGUGUGGGAGGAUGGCAAUCUGAACGCCGUGCCCGGUGCAGGAAGAUACGUCAGGACACCGCCUUUCGGAUACCUCUUCGACGGCCUUGACAAGUCGGACGCCGUCUACAGGGCUUCCCUCCGAGCACCUGUACAGCGUGGUGAGGCUGCUGCUGCUGCUGCUUAACUGCGUGUUCCACGGCUGGUCUCAUUGCCCCACUGACGGUACCACUAUCCCAUCUGGUUCAAGGACAAAUUGCACCUAAAGGUGAACGCCGUCUGCUCCAUGUGUAGCUUCCUUGUACAUACAAAUCUGCCUCGUUUAUAUCCAGAUUCGGACAUAGGUGAAAUUGUAAAGUUAAUUAUGCAUACAAGGCACUUCAUUUAUUUUCUUGCGAAUAUAAAAAUCACAUUUCUGAUUGGGGAAAUUGCAAA